AUGAUUUUUGUCUUUAAUACCCAACAAAAUGGUAUCCAGGUGAAGAACAGAAAUUGUUGGUUUACCACUCCCUGUAUACAGACAGAAAUAUUUGCAAAGUCUUCCUCAAAAAUGUCUGACACUGCGGGACACAAGUUCUACGCCCCGCGGAUCGGCGCCCUGUAUGUGCGCGGCCCUGGCACCGCCACCCCGCUGCACCCCAUGCUCUUCGGAGGGGGGCAGGAGAGGAGCUUCCGUCCAGGUACGGAGAACACCCCUAUGAUCGCUGGCCUCGGCAAGGCUGCAGAGCUAGUGGUUAAGAACGGGGAUGUGUAUGAGGCUCACAUGCGGGACGUCCGGGACUACCUGGAGGCCAGGCUGGAGGCCUCCUUUGGGAAGCAGAGGAUCCACUUCAACAGCAAGUUUGCAGGCUCCAAGCGGCUCUGCAACACCUGCAACUUCUCCAUCCUGGGCCCAGGCCUUCAAGGGCGCAGGGUGCUGUCACACUGCAAGACGCUUCUGGCCAGCGUUGGGGCUGCCUGCCACUCGGAGAAGGGCGAGCGGUAAGCAGCUGGGAAAGGAACGACCCCGGGAGAUCUGUCCCUGGAGGGGAAAGGGCCACAUUCCUUGCAAGGCCAGUGAGCCCAACA